UUGAAAGAGGGAAACUAGAACUGCCAAAAAAAAAGUAUAAAAGGGUGCGAAUGAUUCAUUAAUCAUAAUUCAUAAUCCCUAAGUCGAAAAAACCCUCCAGAAUUUGGGGAUUACUCCAUUUAACCUGAUUUAGGGAUUACUUCAUACAUCUGUUGCUAUAGGGUUUCAAACCUCCAAUUUGGGGUUGUCGAGCUUACAUUUACUGGUUGUAAUUUGAGGGGUUUACAGAUGGAAAAGGAAUCGGUUUCCGAUGAAUUCGCCGACGCUCCGAUUCCAAAGAAGGAAGAUACUACUGCUGGUGGAAUUGCAGCGCAUGAAGGCGGUUUGAAUAGUGAUGGCUUCCCACAUGAGAGCUGUCCAGAUGACGACUGGGAAGCUAUGGCAGAUCGUGCUCCAGAGGAAUUACUUUCCCCACAAUCUUUGCCAUGUGUAUCGAAACUCUCCCUGGAAGACCAAGAAAGUCAAAGUCAAAGUCAAAGUCAAAGUCAAAGUCAAAGCAUCAAAAGACGAGGAAGGGGAACAUUCGCUUACAAGAAACAUGGUCUAUACAGUGACGACAGCCAGUCCCAUAAACCUCUCAUUGAUGAUGACAACUCUGAAGAAGAUAAUUCUAUAGAUCAAACUGAAGAAACGGUAAAAAGAAAAUUAAUAUACGGUACGCACCACGUUCUUGUUAUUGCGGACAUGCCACUGAGCACUAAUACACUUGCCCUAGAGAAGUUGCUGAAGAAAUUCAAAGAUACCUUUGUGAUUCGUUGGUUGAACGAUACAACUUCGCUUGCAGUGUUUAGAACUCCGUCUAUUGCUCUCGAGGCAAGUAACUCCAUCCAAUGGCCAUAUACAGUUCGUGUACUUACUGAGGACGACGAACUUUUGGACUCAAUUCCACCCAAGGAAUUGGAGCCACCUCGUCAAAGGCCUCAGACAUCAGCGAGAGCUGCUCAAAGAUUGAUUGCAAACUCGAUGGGAAUAAAAUUGCCUUCUUCGAGUUUUGGAGCAUCAGAACUGAGGAAACAAGAAGAAGCCAGGAAAAAUCGGAUUGUUUCGAGACAAAAUUUGAGGGAUGAUGCUUGGGGUGAUGAUGAUUCUGAUAAUCAAGAUAAAAAAAUAUCGAAGUAGAAAAACUUUGCAUGUAAUUUUUUUCUUCGUCUUUUUUUAAUAAUAAAACUACAUUGAUUGGCCUAUAAGCUAGUGAGAGGUGCGUUGUACAUUUUGUUAACAUUUACAGCAGAUUUUGAAAUGAAUUCUUAAACAUUUCAGUGUUGAAGGAGAUUUUUGUGUGAGAAAA